AAAACAAGACACAAAACAACAAAAACAAAACAGGAAACCACAAAAAUGAGACACAAUACAACAAAAAUGAGACAGAAAAUGACCAAAACUUCAUCACCAGGUUCUGCUAACAUGUUGUGGGAAACGUUCCAUGAAUAAUAAUUAUUAUUUAAAAUAUUAUGUUGAUAAAAAAAUGUUCCCACAAUUACAGAGACAUCAAUGAAAAAUAAAACCAGUAAAAGUAGAUUUAAAUGAGAUUCUAACUGUUUUAUCAGAGAUCCAGUUUGGUCAUCAGGGGGGAGGACAAGAGAAAAAUGGCAUUUUAGGGGAACUCCAGACUUAUUUGGGAUUUAAAAUAUUUUAAACAUUCUUUUCUCCUAGUUUUUAUAGAUUUGGUCUCAGGACAAGAGCAUUUCCACACUACUGAUGUUUUAGGGUUUAAUAUGUGGAUUAUUGGAUGUAAAACGUCCUCCAGGUCUGGGAUGAUCCUCCUAAACUGAGGCUCUGACGGUGGAAAUGCUGCAGCUGCUUCACUAGAACAGUUUUUUUUAGCUCUGCACUGAGUUUGACUCCUGUUUUUCGACUCCUCCAGGUGAAGCCGUCCAUCUGGCUCGGGACUUUGGUUAUGUUUGUGAGACGGAGUUUCCAGCCAGAGCCACAGCUGAGUAUCUGUGCAGGCAGAGCGAACCGGACCAGCUUCCAACACGACGCAGCAUGCUGCUGGCCACCAAGGAGAUCUGUAAGGAGUUCGUGGACCUGAUGUCCCAGGAUCGCUCUCCUCUGGGGGGCAGCCGGCCGACCCCCUGCCUGGAGCCGGGCGUCCAGGGCAGCCUCACCCACUUCAGCCUCCUCACCCACGGCUUCGGGACGCCGGCCAUCUGUGCAGCACUGUCCGCCUUCCAGAGCUACCUGAUGGAGGCCAUCAAGAUGCUGGACAAAGGAGAAGGAGGGAAGAGCCACCACGACAAGGAGAUGAAGCACCGCAAGUAGAGGACGGACACCUGGACAGAUGAACACCUGGACGGAUGAACACCUGGAUGGAUGGACACUUGGACGGAUGGACACCUGGAUGGAUGGACACUUGGACGGAUGGACACCUGGACGGAUGAACACCUGGAUGGAUGGACACUUGGACGGAUGGACACUUGGACGGAUGAACACCUGGAUGGAUGGACACUUGGACGGAUGGACACCUGGACGGAUGGACAACUGGAUGGAUGGAUGAUCACCUGGACGGAUGGACACCUGGAUGAACACCUGGAUGGGUGAACACCUGGAUGAACACCUGGAUGGAGGGGAGAUGAACAAUGACGGACUCUGACCUUCACCUUAGGGAUACAAACUGAGACUUUUAGCUCCCAGAAGCUCCUCCAACUGGACGGUUUCUGACUCACCUGGACCUGUUGCCAUGACGGCUGCAUCUCUUCAGGACUGCUUUUACUUCCUGUUUUUAUUAAUGUGUCACCUGUGUGUUGUCAAAGCCGCCACACCUUCACACACGUCGGAAUGGACUCACCUGGAGCGUCAUAAAGCCAUAUCCGAGACAACGACGGCCCUCCGCUCCUCUGGAACUCUGGGAGACGUUCACCUGGUGGACAGGUGCAGCUUCCUGUCGGACAGGUGCAGCUUCCUGUCGUAGUUCUUCUUCUGUUUGUAGCGGGUGGUCAUGGGAAACGGAGUUCUCUGCAGGAGGAGUGAGAGGCAGCUAAAGGGUUCUUUUAUUUGAAGUACUUCGUGUUGGUAACUUAAGAAAAUGGCACAAAUCAUUUUGUACUUUCUGUGUAUGUUUAUUAUUAAUGUUAUUAUUAUUAUUAUUAUUAUUAUUAUUAUUAUUAUUAUUAUUAUUAUUAUUAUUAUUAUUAUUAUUAUUAUUAUUAUUAUUGUAUUACGGCAUAAAUGUAAUAUAUUAUUAAAGAAUUAAGAACUGA